UUCCCUUCUGGUAUGGCUCACGCUGCAGCUCACCUUAAAAAAGCCCGGGACCUUGAUCACGAAGAGAAAGAGAAGGAAAAAGAAAAAGAGAGGAAGAGGCAAUCGAGGAGAAGCAGUGAACGGUUAAGCCGUAAACGUAAGUCUGACAGCAAUGCAAGCUUCCUCCGUGCUGCCAGAGCAGGGAAUCUGGACAAAGUGCUUGAAUUCCUCAAAGGAGGGAUAGAUAUCAACACAUCCAAUCAGAAUGGCCUCAAUGCAUUGCAUCUGGCAGCAAAAGAAGGGCACGUGGAUCUUGUGCAGGAAUUAUUGGAGAGAGGUGCAGUUGUUGAUUCAUCGACAAAGAAAGGAAACUCAGCCCUUCACAUCGCAUCUCUGGCUGGACAAACUGAGGUGGUGAGAACUCUAGUGAAACAGGGAGCCAAUAUCAAUUCGCAGUCCCAGAAUGGAUUCACUCCACUCUAUAUGGCUGCGCAGGAAAAUCAUAUUGAAGUUGUGAGAUUCCUUCUGGAGAUUGGAGCUAACCAGAGCACAGCCACUGAGGAUGGGUUCACCCCCCUUGCUGUUGCAUUGCAACAGGGCCACAACCAAGUUGUUGCCAUCUUACUGGAGAAUGACACCAAGGGGAAGGUGCGGCUCCCAGCCCUGCACAUUGCUGCCAGGAAAGAUGAUACCAAAUCUGCGGCAUUGUUACUCCAGAAUGAUCACAAUGCUGAUGUGCAGUCCAAGAUGAUGGUGAAUAGGACUACAGAGAGUGGCUUCACUCCUCUGCAUAUUGCUGCCCACUAUGGAAAUGUGAAUGUAGCCACUUUGCUAUUAAAUCGAGGAGCUGCUGUAGAUUUCACAGCACGGAAUGGAAUCACUCCACUACAUGUAGCUUCCAAACGAGGAAAUACCAAUAUGGUGAAACUGCUUCUAGACCGAGGCGCUCAGAUAGAUGCCAAGACACGGGAUGGAUUGACUCCACUUCACUGUGCAGCAAGGAGUGGACAUGAUGGAGCUGUAGAAAUUCUGCUUGAAAGGGGAGCACCAAUGCUCGCCAGGACAAAGAAUGGUUUGUCCCCUCUCCACAUGGCUGCACAGGGAGAUCAUGUGGAAUGUGUCAAGCAUCUACUGCAGCAUAAGGCACCUGUUGAUGAUGUAACUCUCGAUUAUCUCACUGCUUUGCAUGUUGCUGCUCAUUGUGGGCACUACAGGGCUACCAAACUACUACUCGAUAAGAGAGCCAAUCCUAAUGCUCGGGCACUGAAUGGCUUUACUCCACUGCAUAUUGCAUGUAAGAAAAACCGUGUUAAAGUGAUGGAACUUCUUGUGAAAUACGGGGCGUCAAUACAAGCCAUAACAGAGUCUGGCCUUACACCUAUACAUGUGGCUGCCUUCAUGGGCCACUUGAAUAUAGUACUCCUUUUGCUGCAGAAUGGAGCGUCUCCAGAUGUUUCUAACAUUCGAGGAGAAACUGCAUUGCACAUGGCUGCAAGAGCUGGACAGGUGGAAGUCGUGCGCUGCCUACUGCGCAAUGGGGCCCUCGUGGAUGCCAAAGCUAGAGAGGAUCAGACGCCUUUACACAUUGCCUCAAGGUUGGGUAAAACUGAGAUUGUGCAACUGCUGUUGCAGCAUAUGGCUUUUCCAGAUGCCUGCACCACAAAUGGUUACACUCCACUACACAUUUCUGCCAGGGAGGGGCAGGAAGAUGUGGCUUCCAUUUUGCUUGAGGCAGGUGCUACACAUUCAUUAGCUACAAAGAAGGGAUUUACCCCACUACAUGUCGCAGCUAAGUACGGGAGCCUAGAUGUGGCAAAGCUCCUUCUGCAACGCUCUGCUUCUCCAGACUCUGCUGGCAAGGCAAUCAACUUCUUACAGAAUGGCCUAACCCCACUCCAUGUUGCUGCUCACUAUGACAACCAGAAGGUGGCGCUGCUGUUGCUGGAGAAAAGUGCCUCUCCCCAUGCCACUGCCAAGAAUGGCUAUACGCCUCUGCACAUUGCUGCCAAAAAGAACCAAAUGGAAAUUGCCACCACCUUAUUGGAAUAUGGAGCUCAGACUAAUGCACUAACAAAGCAGGGAGUGACACCCCUCCACCUGGCAUCACAGGAGGGACAUGUAGAAAUGGUUUCACGCUUGAUGGAUAAAAAUGCCAAUGUCAGUGCGGCCACAAAGAGUGGAUUGUCAGCACUGCAUUUGGCAGCUCAGGAGGAUAAGGUCAAUGUUGCAGAAAUUCUGGUAAAACGAGGUGCAAAUCUUGAUGCACAGACUAAGGUUGGCUACACUCCACUGAUUGUGGCUUGUCACUAUGGAAAUGUUAAGAUGGUCAAUUUCCUCCUGCAGCGCGGUUCCAAUGUUAAUGCCAAAACCAAGAAUGGAUAUACACCUUUGCAUCAGGCAGCACAACAGGGUCACACCCAUAUCAUCAAUGUCCUCCUUCAGCACGGAGCCAGAGCCAAUGCCAUCACUGCAAAUGGUAACACUGCCUUAGCAAUUGCCAAACGUCUUGGAUAUAUCUCUGUGGUUGACACCUUGAAGGUUGUCACAGAAGAAGUCACCACCACUACAACAACGGUAACUGAAAAACACAAGCUGAAUGUACCUGAGACAAUGACCGAGAUUCUGGAUGUCUCAGAUGAGGAAGGAGAUGAUACGAUGACCGGUGAUGGAGGAGAGUACCUUAGACCAGAGGACUUGAAAGAACUCGGUGAUGACUCUCUACCGAGCAGUCGAUACCUGGACAAUAUGAUGUAUAGAGGAAUAGGACGACUUGGAGAACGCUCAGACAGCCUACGAUCCUUCAGUUCAGACAGGUCCAACACACCAAGCCAUGGCCCUUACCAGAGGGACAGUGCCAUGAUUGAAGAAUUAAUCACAGCUACAAGUAGCCAGGUAGCUCUGGCCAAGGGCCCCGACAAGGACUCAUCAUAUCGCUUAAGUUGGGAAGGAGACAACUUAGACAAUGUGGCUCUUUCAUCAAGUCCAAUCCAUUCAGGCUACUGGAGCAAGAUGGUGCAAGACAUAGGAACCUUACAGCCAGCAGGCUGUUCUUCUCCAAUCCCUGAAAGUGAAUCAAGUUUCCUGGUUAGUUUCAUGGUGGAUGCACGUGGUGGAUCCAUGCGGGGCUGCCGACAUAAUGGCCUGCGAAUUAUUAUUCCCCCUCGCAAGUGUACAGCACCAACACGCGUGACAUGCCGCCUGGUCAAACGUCACAGACUGGCCACAAUGCCUCCUAUGGUGGAAGGAGAGGGCCAUGCCAGUCGGCUAAUUGAAGUUGGACCAUCCGGUGCACAGUUCCUUGGGCCUGUGAUUGUAGAGAUUCCACACUUUGCGGCUGUGCGUGGGAAAGAGCGGGAACUGGUGGUGCUGCGCAGUGAAACAGGGGAGACCUGGAAGGAACAUCAGUGUGAAUAUACUGAGGAAGAAUUGAAUGAAAUAUUAAAUGGGAUGGAUGAAGUGCUUGACAGCCCAGAGGAACUUGACAAAAAACGUAUUUGCCGUAUCAUCACCAGGGAUUUCCCACAGUACUUUGCAGUUGUGUCCAGGGUCAGGCAGGACAGUAACUUGAUUGGGCCAGAAGGUGGUGUAUUGAGCAGUACUGUUGUACCACAGGUUCAAGCUGUCUUCCCUGAGGGAGCAUUAACUAAAAGGAUUAGAGUUGGCCUCCAGGCCCAGCCCAUGCAUGUUGAGCUAGUCAAGAAAAUUCUUGGUAACAAGGCAACCUUUAGUCCAAUAGUCACCCUGGAGCCUCGAAGAAGGAAAUUCCAUAAACCAAUAACGAUGACCAUUCCUAUUCCAAAAUACUCUACUGAAGGGCUAAUGAAUGGCUACGGUGGAGACACUCCAACUCUCAGGUUACUUUGCAGUAUAACAGGUGGAACAACGCCAGCCCAAUGGGAAGAUAUAACUGGAACUACGCCUUUAUCAUUUGUCAAUGAGUGUGUUUCCUUCACGACAAAUGUAUCAGCCAGGUUCUGGCUCAUAGAUUGCCGGCAGAUCCAAGAAUCUGUCAACUUUGCCACUCAAGUGUACAGAGAAAUUAUCUGUGUACCAUACAUGGCCAAAUUUGUAGUUUUUGCCAAAUCACUUGAUCCAAUCGAGGCACGAUUGAGAUGUUUUUGUAUGACAGAUGACAAGGUGGACAAGACAUUGGAACAGCAGGAAAAUUUCACGGAGGUUGCAAGGAGCAGGGAUGUAGAGGUAUUGGAGGGCAAGCCAAUUUAUGCUGACUGUUUUGGCAACCUUGUGCCUCUCACAAAGAGUGGACAACAUCAUCUUUUCAGUUUCUAUGCUUUCAAAGAAAAUAGACUUGCACUGUUUGUUAAGGUUAGAGAUACAACCCAGGAACCUUGUGGACGAUUAUCCUUCAUUAAAGAGCCAAAAUCAACAAGAGGUCUGGUCCAACAUGCAAUCUGCAACCUAAAUAUUACUCUACCCCUUUACAGCAAGGAGUCAGAUUCAGAUCAGGAGCAAGAGGAAGAGGUGACUGGAAAAGAAGAUAAAUCUGUAGAUGCUCAGGAGGACUCUGAAAGAGCUGAGCAAAGGCUGUACCUUAUUGCUGACCAUCUUGGAUUCAGUUGGACAGAGCUGGCCAGGGACCUGGAUUUCAGUGAGGAACAGAUCCACCAAAUCAGAAUUGAAAAUCCAAAUUCAUUGGUGGACCAGAGCCAUGCACUUUUGAAGUACUGGAUAGAAAGAGAUGGCAAGAAUGCUUCAGAUGAAAAACUAAUGGAGACAUUGACCAAAAUUAAUCGGAUGGAUAUUAUCAGUUUAUUGGAAACUACACAGAUUUCACCCAGCAGAGAGCAUGUCUCCCGCACUUAUGCAGAGAUUGAACAAACAAUAGCACUGGAUCACAGUGAAGGUUUCUCUGCACUUUCAGAUGACCUGUACAGUCCAAAGACCAUGAGAUUUGGACAACCAGCUUGUAGAGAGCUAUACAGUGAUCUAGCCCAAGCAGUUCGUGAACACCAUGGUGAAUGCUUUCAAACACAACCACCUCUUGUCUCAGAGGAAGACAGUUCCAUCAGUUGCUGUAAACCUCAGGAAGAAAGCCCGAAAGCCACAGCAAAGUCACAAGAUCAGUCAAAAGAGUCCGUGGAUGAACAGUCCAUGUCAAAGCCCUUGAUACAAGCUGAAAAAGGAAAAGAUGAUGAAGCAAAGGAGAAAUCACUUUCUGACGCUCAAAGGGAACGGUCCAUACUGGGGAAACAAGAGUCUGCAGAAUCUGAUGGGGAACUAACUAAUUUGCAAAAAGGAAAAGGUGAGGAACUGGAACAUGAUGCCCAGGGGAAAGGGGCAAUUGAACAGCCUGAAGAAAUGGUAACACUGAGGAUAGAGGAAGAAAGUCCCAUUGUUCAGGAACCUGAUGAAGUUCAAAUUUAUGAGGGUUUGCAUGCUUCCCAAACGACUGGCCCCACUAUUGUGGAAACAACUGAGGAGCUGCCAGAAAAAAUGAAAAAGGCCUUUGGGGAGAAAACACUUGAAAAGGAAAUAGCAGAAGAAUUGGGGGCUCUGGAAAGCAGUUCUGAUGAGGAGACAGUAACCACCAGGGUCAUCCGCCGGCGGGUGAUCAUUCAGGCUGAUGAGAUGCUUGAUGUUCUGCCAGAGUCAGUUACCGAAGAACAAUACACAGAUGAACAUGGAAAUACCAUUGUGAAAAAGGUUACAAGAAAGAUUAUCAGGCGUUUAGUGUCACCCGAUGGGACUGAAAAGGAAGAAGUCAUCAUGCAAGGUGCAGAGCAAGAACCAGUUACAAUUGAAGAUGGAGAUGGAUAUUCAAAAGUUUUAAAGCGGACUGUCCUGAAAACUGACAGUGAACAGUCAGAGCUCACAUUUUCAGAACCACAAGUGACUUCAGGCUCUGAAUUCCAGUCUGAGCAGGUUGAGGGCCGCAGAGUCAGUAAGGUCAUCAAGAAAACUGUGGUCCAUGGAGACAGGAUGGAGAAACACCUUGGAGACCCCAAGUUGGCAUCUGACCUUCCAACAGCCAAAGAUGAUUUUAAUAUGGCUCUAAGUUUUGCAGGGAACCAUGGAAAGGUCCAUAUACCAAAUGUAGCUCAAAGAGAGAUUGUAAAAGAGGAUGGAUCAAUUAUUAAAAGGACGACCAUGAGUAAAGCUAGUGCACAGAAGAGGACUGUGGUGAAGGACCAGGAGGGAAAGCAUGUACAUGAGGAACGGCUGGAGGAUGUGCCUGAAGCGCUACAAAAAGAUGACCUGAAACUUGACCUACAACAACUUCUCGGUCGUUUUUGCAAUGAGGACUGGAAACAGGAUGAAAAAUAAACACUUAAAUCUCUCAUAUCUAUUCUGUCACUACUGCACAGUUUGCUCACAUGGAGAAAUUGUAUAUUAUUUUUCCCCAUCUGAAGAUGCUGGAGUUCCUGUGCAGAAAGGUAGAUUUGGAUUAAACUUUUCUCUUUACCGUAAGUAAAUUUGUGACCAAAGAUGGCAUCCGUGUCUUGGGUGACUUAUACUGUUUGAACCUUAGAGCUUCCUCAUGUGGCUGUAUUAGGAACAUGCAAACACUGCUGCCUCCAAACUGCAACAACUGUACUGAAAUUCAGAAAUACUUCAUCCACAGGCCUCUUCUCAUUUUCUGUUGCUGAAGAACUUUACAACACAAACGUGUAAAUAGCAAAAGUGUUUUGGCUUGUGAAACUAAGGUACUGCCUACCUUGACUACUCCAAUCACCACCAAACACAAGAUCCUUUCUUUAUUGCUGAAUUGAUUCUGACUAAAUGUCGCCAUAGUGACAGAUUGUGAGUGUGCAGGCCUAGUAGGGAGCACUUAAGGAUCUUACAACCUCUCAAACUUUCUCAAAGCUUAAUAAAUAUGCUAGCACCUGUACUUAAUGUAUCAGACAUAUCUCCAUAAAUUGCAUUAGUAUGAAUUUAAAUGGUGAGUGUGUGGCAGGCUACAUUUGGUUGUGUAUUUCAUGCUGCCAUACUUGUUUCCAGAAAUUUGCAACAUUCUUCACUGCUUUCACCAAAUCACGUAGUCUUGUAUCUGUGAUUUGGUACUUUCUACAGGCACCUGCACCAUAGAUAACUGGAAUUGGGUUGAACUUUAAAAUAAAAAAAAGACAGAAUCUUUUGGUUAUUUCAGCAUUAUGUAACAAGACUGGCUUCUUUUUGUAAAUGCAUGUAGUAUUUAUAGCUGUUGUAAUCAUUGAUACAGUUGUUUAACCAUCUUUGCACUGGGAAAAUGUUUUAGCUCGCUGCCUCAACAGCAACAAAAAAUAGAAACAAUAAACACAAGAAUCAAUUAUGGUAAAUAUGUAGUAUUUUUACUUGUUCAGUUCUGCCCUUCAGUGUGUUCAUAAGAUUUUAUUGUAGAUUUUUUUAAGUUAUUAUGGUACAGAAAACUUGUUAAUAUGAGGAUAAUAUUUGCUCAGUGCUCAGAAAGUUAAAUAAAGGAAAUUUAAUUUACUCACUCAAUCAGUGCAGGCAAAAUGUCAAUUUUGUUUUGUUAGUGUCACAGCCUGCAGACUGAAUACAAGAACCAUCAGAGAGAGUGUAUAACUGUUUUAGCCAGGCCAUGUGGUGUUACAUGCAGCACAGAUGAUGUCUCUGUAAUUACAUUUUGAUUUAUACUUUUUUUUGCUGUGUAAUCAAAAAACUUCAGAACUGUGAGAAGGAGUGAAUUUUAAUUUGAUAAAUCAGCAUCUUGUUCCCAUGGUGAUACAAAUAUUGUAUAUGAUAUCUAUGAGGGCAUGUAUUAGAAUAAUAAUAAAUGGAAACAAACCUAAAACACUAACCAAUACAUAGCAACUGCAAUGUGUAA